GACCACUGACCGCACUCUGUUAUUUUGGGGGGUAAACACGGAGGAUUUUUUGUCUCCUUCAGUGGAAAACAGCGUCAAAUAAAGAGACGAGGGGUGAAAAGGAGAUGUACUGGGACACUUUCACGAAAACAGGAGACAGAAACUUGGACAGCAAAGAAUCGAAAAUAAAGGUAGGUUUUUAGCUCAAUUUGAUUUUUUAAUAGACUGCUUAAUACAGGAAGUAGUGUCAUUCAUUCAUGACAUCCAGAGCAUAGUAUAUCUCAAACGUUUUGUCCAUCUUAAUUUGAGUAAAAUCACUUGACUAAUUGUGUUUGUUUUCACUGAAUACUCAAACUUUAUUGAGAUUUUUGUGACAGAAACAUUAUCUUUGAUUGCUUAAAAGUUUGACUGGUUGGUUAUUUUUUAUCUCUGUCUUUAUUUUUACCUCUGUCUUUGAAUAUUGAUCAGCAAUCAAAGUUGAAAUAAUAGAAGUUGUAACCAGGAUGCUUUCAACACAGAUGGAGGUCUGCCCCACUGGAUAUUACACUGAAGAUUUCAGAACACAGGAAGUACCAGCUGGCUUUGACUUUGCAUCAUAUGGUGAGUUUAGUGAAUCACUUGACUAUUGUUUGUCCAUCACAACAUCACAAGCUAAACAUCAUGACUUCUGACUGGUGCACGAUUUCAGCAGCGCUCUUUUUUUUUUUUCUUUACUUCUGUGAGUGUUUGCACGAUCGGUUUCCUCUGAACCAGAGCAGCUGAAGGACAGAGGAAAUAUUUGCGCAGACUGUAUCAUCACAUCUGUCACAGCUUUCUCAAUGAGACCUUGACACACGGGUUGGGGUGGCUCUUGCUCUAAGUCAGAGGCUGCGUCAGGAUAAUGGGGCUGCUGUGUAUGUGUGUGUGAGAAUAAUGCUUGAAUGGGCUGAGGUAGGCAAAGACAGAAAAAGGAGUGUCUUUAACCUGACCACCCUUUUCUGCCUGUCUUCCCUAAUCCUUUCCUCCAGACUUCCUCCUCCAACAGAUUUAGAGCCCCCCUCCUCCCUUCCCUCCCCAUCCCUCCAUCACUACUCUGUCACACUCCCUCCGCUGGUGUUUCCUCCCCUCUUCCUCUCCCUCCCUCCCUUGUUUCCUCCAUCCAUUGAGCUUAGAUGCAUGGGCUUGAGUGCCUGGUGCUGAUUCGACAGUAAACAAAUGGCUUUUUCUUGUGUCAACAUACAUAGUCAAGAUAAAAGAAAACUAACAAAUUCGAGUCAUCUUUCCCCUUUUUUUGCUGAGCUACAAAUUAACUUGAUUUCUAAAGGACCAUACCAACGAUUUUUGCAUUUGUACUUCACAUUUAAGCAGUCAUUGGUUUAAGUUUGUUUUUGCAACCACUUUAAGUUAAUUUAAACCUUAUUACUAAGUUAUUUCAACACUUAAAUUUAGCAAUAAAAAGAGGCUGGUUUGAACUGAAAUGCACCCAGUGAUGGAUUCAAUAUCUAAAGUUCAACAUUCCAAAAGCAAAAAAAGAGCAAUCAUAUGUUUAAGUGUUAAGAAAGACAAAUUAGAGACACAAGUGGUUGAUAUAUAUUCCAAUCCUGAACAAGAUUAUUUCAUUGUACUGUGCUAAAAAGUUGUUGAGAAACAGCUGAUUCUCAUAAUUUUAAUGUCUGUUUUUUAGCACCAAUGUUUGUAUAAACUAAGAGUUUUCAAAGUUCCCCUAUCUUAAAACAUGCAGAUGAGUGUUUAUCAAAGCAAAUGUAGAGUCUCUGGUGGUCAAUGAUUUUAAGCAUAAGUAUCCAGAAAUUGUUGUGUUACUGUUUAUUAUGUUUUACGUCAGAAAGUAACACAAUAGAGUCAGAAGAAUCAAAAGAUGAUGUGUGAAGUCACAUUAUAAAGAAAACGCCAAAGAAAAUAAAUUUUUAUGGUGGACAUAUAAAGUUACUUGGUUCAUGGAGGCCAUGGCCCUCCCAGACCACCACCCCUUAGAUGUGUCCCUGCUUUCACACUGUCCUCAUUUGAAUUGGAAGUCAAUAAAAAAACAGCAUUAAAGAAAUCAUGAGUGCUAUGGGACGAAUGUUGAAUAUAUCCAUUAAAACAGAAGGUGUGGUCCUUUCCAAUCACUUCAUUUGCCUUUGUUCUGCCUUCAUCAUCAUUUACUGACUCCAUCUGUCUGUGCUUUCUUUAACCUCCAGACUACCCUGGUGAAGACCUGUCUUUUCUGUUAGACAGUAAAACACCUGGACAGCAGCAGUAUGUUGCAGAAAGCAGCUACACUGAGCCACCAAAAGUUUCUCAUCUGUAUGACUCUAAAGGUAAACUUCAAAUCCCCAAAGAACUUCAUCACAAGGGUCAGUAUGAGUAGCUGUUUUUUAAUCUAAACAGACUGUUUCGCUCUUUUUUUUCCCCGCAGUGAGCGCUGGUGACACAGCCCUCUUCAACCUAGAGUCAUAUCAGGAGUGCAACUGGUGGGCCACAUAUCCUCAUGGUGAGCCUUAAUGGACACUACUACCUCAUGAUUCGCAAAAAUUACCUUUUCUGUAGGAUUCCCUUUUUUUCCUCUGCUAACCGUCUUUUCAAUGAUCAGAUGGGCUGACAGUCGACCAGCCUCAAACUGGAUAUCAAGAGUCUCCUCAGACCUACCAGAGCUUGGUGCCACAAAAUGGACAGUUUAGCCCAGCCAUGGAAGGCGGCAGCAGCCCCUUUGUUGCUGCAAAAGGAUCAAAUACAUUACAAAGUAAGACAUUUCACCAUCAGCAUGCUAGUGAUUUAAAAAUGCAGUUCAAGGUCUAAUUCCUGUUUUUCUUUUCAGGUGAGACAAACCAGAACUACUCAUGUCAUUCUGCUGAACUCUAUGACUCAAAUGUUCAGAGUCAGUCAUCCUCAUUCUGGCCUGAGUACUCCUCUCCCAGCUUUACUGCCCCCCUGCCUCACCCGCCUUCAAACCUCAGUCCUCAGUCAUCAGAGCAGUACUGCCCCCGUGUGGUCAAACGCAAAAACUCACACUCACAGAGGCCAGACAGGGAGGGCCCCAUGACGGGAAUGUCAGCGUAUCCAGGUCAGGAUCUAGAUAUCGCCACACUGCCUUUUUAAUGCUGUCUUGCCUUUGACUUUUCUAGAAUAAUUCAUGUGAAGCGAAAUUCAAAACAUAACAUCAUUUUCCUUUGUCACCUGAAUUCAUCAUGGUAUGUAUUUAUUUAUUCAUCCAUUCAGGCUCUGGUCCGAUCCAGCUUUGGCAGUUUUUGCUCGAGUUGCUUCUGGACUCAGCUUGCCGGACCUUUAUAUCCUGGACAGGAGACGGCUGGGAGUUUAAGAUGUCCGAUCCCACAGAGGUGAGGCACAUUUUUGUGUAGAGCAGCAUACACAAUUUAGAGUAAAAUGUCCUUCUUUAAUCCAUCAGCGUAAAUUAAACAUGAUUAUCUUACUGAAAGUCGAAGUUUAGAAUCAAAUCAGCGAUUUUGAGCCUAAUUGGCUUAACAAUAUCGAGUAGUGUCUACUCACGGGGGGGCCCUGGUCAACCUUUAAAUGUGAGGUGUUGGCAGUUGAACCAAAGAGAUCUGGCUCUCCUCUUACCUGCAAAGCCUUGACAGUGUACAGGAUGUACUGCAUUUGAAGAACCUCAGCCUCUUAUGUCUUAUGUUUACAUGUCUGUUAUGGAUGAAAAGACCAUUAACAGUGCCUUCAAAGACUAACUUGACACCAGGCUGCAAAGCAUUUUGUAAAAACACCAUAAAUGUUUUAGUGUUAAAUGCAAAUUCUUUUAUUGAAAGUAUUUGAGAGUGUCUAUCUCUUUUUAGUGAAUGUUUUUUAUCAAGAUUUUAGGAGUAACUCUUUCUUUUAUCACAGGUGGCAAAGCGUUGGGGCCAGUGCAAAAACAAACCCAAGAUGAACUACGAGAAGCUGAGUCGAGGUCUGCGUUACUACUAUCACAAAAACAUCAUUCACAAGACGGCAGGCAAACGCUACGUCUACCGUUUUGUCUGUGACAUGCAAAGCAUGCUGGGAAAGUCAGCCCAGGAGGUCCUGACCAGUCUGAACGUUUUACCCUCAAACACUGAGUCCUGGCAGUGCUCUGGGGUACAGGCCGCAGCGAUAUCGGAGCACAGCAGCGACACGUGGGUGUCACAGUAAGGAAUGGAUGCCGGUACUCUUGCAGCCGCUUGCCGAGUGUGACCGUCACAUUUCAGAGGACGACCACAGCCUAGCACUGCCUUCACUAGCUCUGCUCGUACUUAAGGAUCAACAAAGAGGGAUCAGAGCUGGUUUAUUACUGUUGUAUUUCAGGGAAAAGUAAGCAAAACUCAUCAAGUCAGCUUUAGCAACUUUCUUUUGAUGUAACACUAAGUGAGAAGCUCAGGUUUUCAAAUUAUAUGGAUGGUAAGGAGUCAGAUAAAUUUCUUCUUUAUUGAUUACAGGAAACAAAGACAGUAAAUAGUUUAAACCCAAAGAGACCUAAUUUGAUACAUUUACAACAGCUAUCAUAAGCAGUUAACACAUAAAACUUUAACAGCAUUUUAGCUUCUCGUCUUUGGUGAAAAUGUUGCAUUUAUUUAAGUAGUCAUCUAAAUUGUGAUUUAAGUCAUUAAAAAUACCUUUUCCAUAGUUUAUAGCUUGACUUCAGGGUAGUAAAACUCCAGCACAGGAACCAGCAGGAAGCAUUUGAAGCACUAUUAAUUGUAUGGUUUUUUUUUUUCUUUUUUACUGUUUAUGGGGCUGUUACUUUGUUACUGUUACUCUUUUGUUCAAAAGGGAAAUCAUUUUGUAAAUAGUGUUCAUAAAGUGGUUUUGUAGAGUUUUGUGCAUAUAUAUUUUUUAUACAAAACUCAUGUCUACCUCUUUUGCCGUUGAGAAUCACAUGAACUGAGAUGAUUUUCAGAAAUUCACUGUGAAGGUUUCAACAUGUCUCCACAUUAUUAUUUUUGUAAAUAGAGUGUAUAUACAGAUUUGUGUGAAGACUUUCACUCCAUUCCUCUGGAUUUUGCCUUUAUAUUAAAAGUUAUAAAACACA